UUGUCUAAGAAGCUGGCCUGGCGUAGAUGGCAACACGAGCUGGUGACAUUGUGGUUAAUUCUAUUUAAUUCAAGUUGUGGAAAUAAUCGAUGUAUUUCUGAUCUAAAGACGUGUUUAUAGCAUUUAGGAUGUAUUCGAAGGUAAACAAGACACCAAGAAUGGCUGGGAAAGGUAUAGACUUUGCUUUAUUUUAUGCACAUGAUGGGAAAGACCUGGCAGCGUUCAUACAGCAACGCUUUGGUGACACACGAUUUGGGUGUUCUGUUGAAACUGUGGAUGUCGCUGACCUGAGUAAGAAAAACAAUAACCUGACUGACCACACUAACCGCACAGAAGCUAAAGUAAAUGUAAUGAUCGUUUCGCCGUCCUUCCUUGCUGGAGUCAGUUCGUCAGGAAUAUUCCUACACGAUGCCUUGGUCAAGUCACUGAAGCGAACCGUCGUUCUCUAUUUCUAUGUGGAUGUUUCUGAAGCAGAGAAGGUUGUUCGUGGACUGAGUGACGAGGCGGUGAAGUGGAUUCAUAAGGAUGUCGGAAACAGCAAAGAAGCACUCCGUGAAUGUCUUGUGACUCUCAUGGCGGUAUGUGAGGAGGACAAUGAUGAACAACUUCCCAUGCUGAAGACAUUCCGACUAAUGCCAGCGGUGGUGACAUGGAAUGUAGACAAGGUCUAUGUGAUGUUUUCAAGAGAAACUCGAGGAUGUGUUGAAAUACAGCAAGACAAAUCGGACAAGAUUGCUGCAACUUUCUACAACCCUUACACGUAUUUUUUCAACCCUGUGGGAUGUGUUCUGUGUGAAGGUGUUUACUCGGGCGAGACAGAGGUGCAAGUGUUCGUGAACGGGUGUUCAUCGGGCGUGGAAACGUUGGUAUACUACUCAAAGCUGGCCGAGGUUCAGUAUCUCCUUGACGAAGUGACCAGGCCUUUGGAUCUGCUGUGUCAGGCAGUGCUAGGGGACACUAGCUCCAACACCGGCAUCCUUGACCAAACUCUAUGCCACAUGUUCGGCAAUGCCCACAGCUUAACGACAAUAGAUUGUGAUAAACAAGAUGUUCAAGGCAACAGAGAACAGGAUUCGCCAACGUUACUUCAUGUAGCGGCUCGGUUUGGACUCAAGGAGUUAUGCAGAUCCAUACAGGAUACACCAGUGGGAAAACUAGCCAGCAAGAUGAAAAACAGAAAUGGUCUCACACCAGCAGAUAUCGCACUGAAAUUUCAACACAUCCGGCUUUCCGAAAGUCUCAGGGUAUUAAUGGAGCCUUCGCUAACACAGUCAGAAAAGGAAACGAUAGAGGCUGCACAAGACAAAGAAGCUUAUUGUGACAUGAUGAAAGAUGCAAAUAGUGCUUUAAGAGAGGUAAAGAGAAUAGACUAUGAAGAUAUCAGUGCUUCUCAAGUUCCUGACGGCGUUCAAAGAUCAAUAUUGCCAGCCGGCAAUCACUACAUGGCCAUGGAUAUGGUGGGCACAGAAUUUCGCCCCAGAAUUGGUAUCAGGGACGACAACAGCAAUCCGGUGCCCCCAACUGUUACUCUAAGAAGUCGCAGCAGAACACUCAACACUGAGUCUUCGCGGGAAUCAGCACGCAUAUCGAUGAUCAAGGAAGAAGACAUUGUUUUCUUGCCACGGUUACCACCAAGAAGAGAUGACAGAAUCUACGCAAGCAUAAAGGAUGUCUCACAGCCGACACAAAACACCAGGGCUGAAAUGUUGCAUUUCAGAAAAUCCUAGAAGAGUUCUCACAGACUGACGGGGAUAAUUACAGAAUGCAACGAGUUUUUAAAGUGUUCGACCGACAUUUUAAUGAUUCGUAACUCCGAGUAUAUUAGAUUCAGUAUAUAUUAUUCCUGAUAUUACAAUGUUUCAUGCUUAGAAGGCAAAUGCAAGAACAUCUUUAAGAUGUAGAUAUCCUAUGAAGCCAAGCUAUUGUUCGUUUCUUAAUAGUUGCGUCUCGUUGCCGUGCCAGUAAUCAUUGAUCGUGGGUUCGAAUCCCUGAUUUGAACCGGUCGUGAUUAAUGGUUUGUUACUCUUAAACAUCUACGACAUGCAUAACCGUUAAGUACCCCCGCAUUGCACUGAUCUAACUGAAAUACUGUUCAAACUGAGAUCAACCAAGCCAUGUCGCGGAUGUCUCCAAAAGGUCUACAUUCCAAAACAUCUACACUUAGUUAAAACAACAAAGGAAGUUUCCUAAUGCUGGAAUGGAACAGAUCAGGAGAAGAGAUUAGACGAGAAACGGUGAAGUCAUUGAGAGGAUUGAGACAGCAGAUAAGCCAAGACAUUGUCCUUCUUGGAUGCAGUGGCAUAUUUGCUAAAACUUGGAUACUUGAACUUGAACAUUGUAGGAAUUAUGAACUCAGUGCUAUGUCAUAUGAAAUAUUGUCAAAAUAAUGAUACUUUUAACAGUUAAGUUAGCAGAGGCUUUCGUGAAAUUUGUAAAUAAUUGUAAAGGUAUUACCUAGAUUUUUCAAUAUUAUGUUACUAUGUUUUUUUAUGUUUAAUACAUGCAACACGAACAAAAUCUAAAGAGCUAAAUUUAGUAUACCUGCAAAACACGCGGUUCAUUGAUGGGCCUUGGAAAGAUAACAUUCUCGUGAGAGAACAUGCAUUUAUUGUCCUUUUCGGUGUGGAUUCUAAAAGUGCACUCUUGGUGCGCUCGCUGCCAAAUGGUUGCAGCCUUGUAGGUACAUGCUUGACAUCCUCCUCAUUUACUUGUCUACAUCACGUUUUGACAUAUAUACUUUGAAACAAGACCUAUGCACAAUAAACAAUCAAAUUAUAA